AUCCUGAGCAGACCGGGAACAGACCCGGAAGCGAGAUUUGCGACGGUGAUUUUCUUCUCUGUACGGUCUUGAUGAAUAAAAUAAAGCUGACAUAAUUCAUCUCAACAUAGAUUACAUUCUCAGUAUCUGAAAUGUUUUUUAUGUAGAAGAGUUGUAAAAAUGGAAAGAGAGAAAGUAAAUGAUGAUGGAAAACUAGACCCAGAGAUUUCCUCGGACUUUUCCGAACACUUCAACCAACUUGAAUUGUUGGAAACACAUGGACACCUUAUUCCCACUGGCACUCAAAGCCUGUGGGUAGGCAAUUCUGAUGAAGAUGAAGAGGAACAAUAUGAAAAAAAUGAAGAAUGGUAUCAAUUGCAAGAAAAAAAAAUGGAAAAAGAUCCAAGCAAAUUGCUUCUUUGGGCUGCUGAAAAAAAUCGGCUUACUACAGUGCGGAGACUACUUUCUGAAAAGGCCACUCAUGUGAACACCAGGGAUGAAGAUGAGUAUACGCCCCUUCAUCGAGCAGCCUACAGUGGACACUUCGACAUUGUCCAGGAGCUAGUUGCACAGGGGGCAGAUGUUCAUGCAGUCACUGUGGAUGGCUGGACGCCUCUGCACAGUGCUUGUAAGUGGAAUAAUACCAGAGUGGCUUCUUUCCUACUUCAGCAUGAUGCAGAUAUCAAUGCCCAAACGAAAGGCCUCUUAACCCCCUUGCAUCUUGCUGCUGGGAACAGAGACAGCAAAGAUACUCUGGAACUCCUCCUAAUGAACCGUUACAUCAAACCAAGUCUGAAGAACAACUUGGAAGAAACUGCAUUUGAUAUUGCCAGGAGGACAAGUAUCUAUCACUACCUCUUUGAAAUCGUGGAAGGCUGUACAAAUUCUUCACCUCAGUCUUAAUGGUUCUAAUAAUUUUCUUACAUUUCUAAGUACCAGUGCCUCCUUCAUGUGAGAUAGAAAAUAUUGCCAUAAUACAAAAUUGACAUCCAAUGUCUUACUACGGAAACUCAGUGGUACUCAUGUUUUUCAAUCGAAUUGCCUGACCUUGAUGUCAAAAUGUAUUUGAGAGUUAUUUGGAUGUAUCUUUAAUGAUUUUGGUGGAAUUUGUGAUUUUUAUCAGAAGUAAUUUUAACUUACCUACAUUUAAAAACUUGACACGGGUAAUACAGAAACUAAAGAUAUUUUUGGUGCUGAUCCAAGAGAAAUGUAUUUUUAAAUAACCCAAAUCCUGGAUCUUUGUUGAGUAUUUAGUAUAUUGACAUGUAUUUUUUUAAGAUGAGAUAACUCAUUUUAAUUUAAAAGUCUUAAAUACUGGUGCAGUUCAGCUGUCUUCUCUACAUUAUCAUAGCCAAUUGCUUUCCUUCCAAACCAGAAAAACUAACACAUUAGUGACUUGAAUUUUUAUAAGUUAAAAAAAAGUAAAAAAACAAAACAAAAAAAGAACUUAGAUCUAGAAUGUAGACCAUUUUCAGGAAAGCAGUUGUUUAAUCUGUGAAUGUUAUAUACUGCCUCCUUUACCACAAUCACACGAUUCUGUGAAUAACCCUACCUCACGCUGGUCAAUCUACAUGAUUCUUAGCUCCUAUAGUGAAUCAGUAUGAUCUUUUAGACAUAUACACAGCUAUACUUUGGUCCAGGAGAUUAUGACAUAAUUUGUCUCCAACUAGUUCUUCCUGCCUAAUCCUGCUGGCUUAGGCACUGCUCAAGUAAUCUGUGGUGUUCACAGAAAAUGUUUGAUUUUCCAAGGUCUUCAUUUUAUAUAAGCCGUUACAAAGGCAAAGUGACAAGGAAUAAGGAACUCUUAAGACUGAAAGGAUGAUUAUUUUAUAGGGUCUAGAACCACUGAGUGGCUCAGCUUUCUUAAAAAUCCCUAGAGUGGAUAGUGACAAAAAGCAUAAAAAUAAAUAUUCAGGAAAAAUAAAGUACAAGUUUUGACAAUAAAAAAGUCAUGAAUCCUUUUCUUAACCUGUGUAUAAUUUUGUUAGAAUAUUUAUUCAAACAGCAUGCACUUAAUACCUACUCUCUUAGUGUCUCCAGCAGUUUUCCAUUGACUAUUCAGCCCUCUGUGACUAUUCCCUGAAGGUCUUAACUUCUCAAUGCUGAAAUUAGAAUAUAUACAAUGGAAAGAAAACUAAAUGAGUCAAUUGCUCUUUGCAUCCCAC